CGGCGCCAUGUCCGGGGCGGAGGAGCGGGAGCCCGGCGGUGGGGGCCCGGCCGCCUCCUCCUCCGCGGCGGCCUCCUCCUCCUCCUCCGCGGGGCUGGGAGGCGGCGGGGCCGGCGGCGGCGGCGGGCCGAGGAGCCGGGGCUGCUGCUCGGCGGGGCCCGGCCGCACGCGGAGGCCGCCGCCGACCCGGACGCGCCGCCCAAGAAGCGGCUCAAGGUGGCGGGGCGGGCGGGGCCGAGGCAGCGUGAAGCUGGAGGAGCGGCUGUACUCGGUGCUGUGCUGCACGGUGUGCCUGGACCUGCCCAAGGCCUCGGUCUACCAGUGUACUAAUGGUCACUUGAUGUGCGCUGGCUGUUUUAUCCACCUACUAGCAGAUGCCCGGCUGAAGGAGGAACAGGCUACGUGCCCCAAUUGCCGUUGUGAGAUCAGUAAGAGCCUAUGCUGCCGAAACCUGGCUGUGGAAAAAGCAGUGAGUGAGCUGCCAUCAGAGUGUGGCUUCUGCAUGCGGCAAUUUCCUCGCUCCCUUCUGGAGAGACACCAGAAAGAGGAGUGCCAGGACAGGGUGACUCAGUGCAGGUACAAGCGGAUUGGGUGCCCGUGGCAGGGUCCAUACCAUGAGCUGACAGUUCAUGAAGCGGAGUGCACUCACCCCACAAAGACUGGGAAUGAACUGAUGGAGAUUCUGGAUGAAAUGGACCAAACCCAUAAAAAAGAAAUGCAGCUGUAUAACAGCAUCUUCAGCCUGCUCAGCUUUGAGAAGAUUGGCUAUACAGAAGUUCAGUUCCGUCCCUAUCGAACUGAUGACUUCAUCACCCGCCUGUACUACGAGACGCCCAGGUUCACCGUGCUCAACCAGACCUGGGUGUUAAAGGCCCGCGUCAACGACUCCGAACGCAACCCCAACCUGUCCUGCAAGCGCACCCUCUCCUUCCAGCUCAUUCUGAAAAGCAAGAUCAGCUCCCCCAUGGAAUGUUCCUUCCUGCUCCUGAAGGGACCCUACGACGACGUGAAAAUCAACCCCGUGAUCUAUCACUUUGUCUUCACCAAUGAGAACAAUGAGACGGAGUACGUGCCGCUCCCCAUCAUCGACUCUGUGGAAUGUAACAAACUGCUGGCUGCCAAGAACAUCAACUUGCGGCUUUUUAUAUUCCAGAUACAGAAAUAGGCAAGGCUGGGUUAUGCUGGAAGUUACCAAGAAAGCACCACUGAACCAUAGUUACCUCGUACGGCUGCCUGUGCCCGUCGUGAUUUCACAGUAAUUUGAUCAUUUUAAAAGGAAAAAAACCAACAAAACGUCUGCAUGUGUAUGCAACAGCGUAAGCAGUCCCAGCCUUCCUUCCCUUCCAUUCCCCCAUCCUCCCCAGGGACAGACAAGAAUGGAGCCAGGUCCGUGCCGAGGGGUGACAGCUGGGAAGCCUGCAGGUGCUGGCAGCAUACCAGGAGCUCCUUGGCAUGCUGGGGAGCCAGCGAUCCAGGCAGUUCAGUAGAUUGUGAAUAGACAGAGUUAUGUUGUCAUGGUAAAGUGCGCAGUCUACAUGUGGCAGUUGUGGGGGGCUGUAAGGGAGGCCCCUCCCUUCAGGCAGCACGUGGCUUGAAUGAACCAGAUACAUUUCAGUUUCCUGUUUUGGCUUUGGGGUGGGGCGCACAGAGACAAGUGUAGCUGCGAUCGAGGGCUUGGGAGAGCCUAGUUCGUUAUUACUUGUGCAGUCCGGUCCUCUGUCUAUUUUAUCAGUAGAAUAAAACAAAUGGGGCCCCCUCUCGCCCUGAAAACACUAAUGAGGUGUUUGGGGGAGUUUGUGGAACUUGUGGGGGCUGGGCUGACGUUCCACUCUUCUGUGGGACAAGGAUGGAGGUGGGGAGGAAUGAUGGCGCUGUAGUGCAUUACCUAUGAAAGCAUUCCAAAGAACCAGACUCCCACGUGUGUACAGUGUGUGUAAACUAACCCUUCGUUCCAGGUUCCUUUCGCCCCAGCCUUUUGGUCCGGUGGAGUUAACCAUUGCCAUGGUUUGUAAAUGGACGGUUAAGAUGCAGGGCGAGGAUUAUGAAAAGCGGAGACGCUGAGCAUUGCAUGAUCUCUCACGGGGUUGUGACGUGAACCUCCUGGACUGAGUGGGCUUUCCUGGUAAUUCCCAAGCGAAGAUGCUCUUGUUCUUGACUAACUUAGAACGGGUUAGUGGAGCAUUUUUUGUCAGGACUGUGCUCAUGGCGAAUGGAUCAGAACGGUUCAUUGUCCCCUCUUCAUCCCUUCCCCCACAAACACCACCCUGGAAUGCUGCAGACAAAAUACUGUAUCUCUUGUUCAUUUUGUAUUGCACAUCAUGAAGAAACAAUCCCAAGGUCAUUUUUACAGUUUCAUGCUUCCUCCAGCCCUGCAAUAUAGCACAGGUUGAGAUUUUAUCUAGACAAGAUGAGGACCUAUGUAGAAACCAAACCUAAAUUCUUGCAGACUUUUCGGAAUGCAGGGUGAAAUUCUGUCCCUUUGCAGUUUUGCCAAAACUUGAGUUUCUUGUGAAACAAGAAAAAAGAAACGAGUUGCAGGCUCUUCUAGUAAUUAUGCAAUUUUACAGUGUGAGAAUAUUUUUUAUAUAUGAAAUAUAUACAGCAUGUUUAAGGACAGGGAUAGUGCAGCCAGUCACCAAAUUGUGAAGAGAUCUACAGGGAUGUUUCACUUGACACUAUUUUUAAGAAAUGUAAAUGUGGGGUAUUACUGGUGGUGGAUGAAAACUGUCACAAGCUCAUUAAUGCAGUGUAUUCAAGACCAGCCACCCAGUAAAUAUGCCCAUGGAAGUCAGGCUAUCUAAUUUUAUUUUUACGGAAUAACUGGAUUGGGUAUGAUGUAAGUCGUGAAAACCUCUCGCAGAUGCUGCCUACAGUGAAGCUAUUACUGUUUUACUUUCUGUAAUGAAGCUUUUUCUGCCACCUGGGUUUUCAUUCUGAAUCAUGUCAGCUUUCCAGCCCAGCUUUCUCACCUCCCACUGGCCGUUCUAAAGGCAGCGGCCAAUGGGAGUUCGAGCCCUUUGAUUGGUAACUUGAUGAGUCUUUCUGCUGAGCCCCAUGGAAUAGGAGAAUGUUUGUAGCAUGAAGCCUAGUUAAUAGUCUUAAUAGUGUCUUGAAAUCUUAGUGAUGUCUGUCUUUUAAAGAGGCCUAGAGUUUCAUAGGCUGAAGGGUAUUACUGCCAGGUUAAAAGAUGUUUGUUCAAAAUGCCCAAUGGGAAUGGAUGUGAGAUUUGCAAAGGACAAAUAACUUUCCAUUCGCUGCUGCUGUUACUGUCUAGUGCGGAGGCUGGAGCCUGAGCUAGUGCGACAGGCGCAGCCCCUUCCUUCACUUCUCCCCUCCCUUACCUUGAGAGUCUCCGUUCCUAGAGCUCCAGGUGCGUGAAAUGUCUAACGCGGAUUGAUUGCUAGAAUUGUGAGCUGUCAUUGUAUGUAGGCUUUGCCGCUGCGUCAGAGGAAUAACAUCUGUUAUAGCUUUCUUGUGAUUGAAUACCAAAGAGCCAUUUUCCCGUUAGCCCCGUUACGCUUCGUUAUUGUCACAUGCUACAUGUUAGACUGACAGACUAAAUAGCCUGCAAAAGGCCAGUCUAUGUUUGGUGACGGUUUUGUGUGUCUAAGAAUGACCCCAACACUACAGGGCCUGGAGGGCAGGACAGACCCACCUUGUAAAACGUCAGAGGAACGGGUUUUUUUGGUGAUGAAUGUACAUUUUUUCUAAACGGAUAGUCUCGGGGUUGCCUGUCUUCUGUUCAGCAACAGUGAAGGGAUCACCAAAGGCUGACUCCAUUUAGGGCUGUUCCCUGGGAUCUAGUCACUCACAGGAUAGGUUGGAAGCCAGUUCAGGAAAGAUGGGCCCCUCAGGAGGAGCCAUUCAGAACAAGUUGGCCAAGAUCAUAGUCCUUGCUUGGCAAAGUCUAGAGUGGAGUCAAACACCAGGGGCAGACUGAGGCUUCCCCUUGGUUAUGGUAAGGGAACUUGCAAUGCAGGUGUCUUCCCAUUGUCGCAGCCUGCAGUUGUUCAGUUUGUAGCCCAGUUUGUUCCUUGGUGUCAAAUGCACAAAGGCUUGUCAAGGAAACAAAAAUUCCCCUCACUGGGGGCCGUUGUGUGAUCGCUCACUGGCUCAGGCAGUGCCACACGAAUAGAGCUUGUUUUGUUAUGAGGAGCAAGAACUCCAGUGCAGUCUGGUACAGGCCACUACUUCCUUCUGUGAACAGCAGUAGCUCUUUCAGCCUGUCCUUGUUAACACUUACUGUUUUGAACGGGACUAGAUACCCACCGGAUUAUUGAUCCUACUGGAGUAUCGGGGAUUCCGAUGUUCUGCAGACCCUCCAUGAGAAUAACAUAGGGUGGCUAGAUGUGGGUAACAUGUCAGCAUGACAGAGCAUGUCCUGCUGGAUUAUAUGGACACUUAGACCUCUGUUCACUUUAUGCAGAGUACACCGACACUGUGGCAGGUAUCUGCAGAGUAGCAUCGUUGGAAUGACCAGCAGUGAUCUGGAGGUGUCUCAGCUAUAACCUUUGGGAAGUGAAGACCACCAGCCCUGGCAUUUGUGAAACUUAGACUUGCCUUCUCCUAAGGCUCUAAGAGGCUCACACAUGAGUGAAGAGUUGAGUCACCUUGAAGAAGGAUUUGCCUGUCCUAGUGUAACUGGAAAAUACCACGUGUGGCAGAUAAGCACAGUGCAUGUAUCUGGAAGGAGUUGCUACAUUAAAUCCUGAGAGUAUGAGAAUUUAGUUAAAGCCACCUUGCAAACUAAUCAGUGCGCAAGGUAGGUAUAUUUCUCUUGUACCAAUGCCCUUUUCCCACUGUUGCACAGGCAGGAGGGUGAGUAUUUUCUAGAGUCAUUAAAGGUCACAUUAGGCAUGUUCUGCAGUAUCUGACACUUUCCAUUUAGUAUAGACUAGAAAGCAUUGAUCACUCUAUAACCAGUACCACUGGUGUGCUAAUACACCUGGUAUGUUCCUGUGCUUUCUACUGAGGCAACUGCUUCUGAACCCGGUAACCAAAGAAAUCCAAAUUCUGGCAUCAGCCAUGCUAGUGGUAGAACUUCAGUAACAGCUUCAUGGAACGGGCUACUGAUAAGCACAGAAUUGAAACACAAAGGCACUCUGCAUUAAUAGGAGCUAUUGAAGCCAUGCAUAGUUCUCACCCUCCCUCCAAGACCUAAAUUAAGGGGUAAAAUCUUUCCAAAUUAAAUGGAGCCUAUGAGAAACUUCAACAGAAGAAAUCCUGUUCCCGAGGAGUUCCCCUUCCAUCCUGAAAGCUCAGAACAACUUGGGGCUUCGUUCAGUGGGAGCUUCUUUCCCAGGAGGCUCGAGAACCCAUCAAGAGAUGGCAAAGAGACGUCAUUCCAUUAGGAAGCUUUGAAGAUCCUCCUAGAGAAUUUCAGGCAAAUCCUCUGGAGUGUUCAUUCUGCUGCAUAGGGGAUGGGCAGGUGUAGAGAUCUUUGUACAGCUUUGUUUUAAUGAUUCACAUUUUAAAAAAUGGGAAAUGUUCAACCCCCAUGUGCCCCUAAAGAGAAAAACUCAUUUGAUAUUUCUUAAUACCGGCUCUUGACGCUUCUGGGUUCGAUCCAUGUGUAGUUUGCAGGCUGGGUUUUCCCCACGCCAGCUUCUCCUUUCAGCAAGUGUCCUGUGGACUUACUCAUUUUCUAGUACAUUGGGCUACCUAAGGAGAAUUUGUGGCAACCUGCAAACUUUUCAGGGUAGAAUAAUUUUACCAGGUCUCCUCUUCCCCGUCCCGCCCCCUGUGAUUUGAAAGCUGGUAUAAUCCUGCAGCUCUGAACUUGUUUGUGCCCUAGUCUUAGCACACUAGUCCAGGUUACCACGUUUUCAUCUCUGAGCGUGUUCCUGCAGUUCCCUGCGUGUGUCGGGUGAAUGCUGGUGCGUUUCUGAAGGGAACUUGUUUUGUGGUUAGUAACUCUUGUCCCAUGGCAGGAGCUAGCUUUGCUUAUCUUCACUUGAUUGAUGGGAAGAAUCUGGCAGGUUUUGUGCACUUUGUUUUAGAUUAUGCACAGUGGCGGUGGAGUUUUCCUGUGCUGCUGUCAAAGGGGGGUGCCCCCGGGCUUGCCCAGCUGCGUGACACACUGGCUACUUUGCAGGGGUUGGGGGCCCCACCUAAUUAAUCUUAAAACGGCUGCAGCCAUCCGUAUCCCUUUAAUUGAGGGAUGCAGCUCGGGUAGGAUGGUUGCCAAUACACAGCGCUGCUGCUUAGAUCAAAGUCUAGCUCUGCAUCCAGAGGCCUGUAAUCUCCAUGGCCCGUCUUCCCCAUGAAGAUAAGGGAAGCCACAGGCAUUUUAUGCAACACAGGGAUAAUCAAUGUCGAAAUAUUAGUCUUCUCUCCAAAGACAACUCCGUUAGGCCUUGAAUUCAGAUGGAACAGACUUUUUUGGUGCAACUCUCUUCUAUAGAUUCAGGCAGGAACCUCCAUUUUGCACAUUUAACGAGAUUCCUUUAUUCUCUGUGCGAUAGUUGCAUGAGUUGAGCAGAAGAUGUCGUCAGACAGCAACUACGAGUGAAACGGGCACGAUCUCUGAGAGUUCCCGAUAUUAAAGCAAAUUGAGAUCCGGCCCAUCAGCUGUGAUUUAAUGCAACUCUGCAUCUCCUGCGCCAUAGGGUGCUUCCCAAUAGCAUGCACAGUGCCAUGGGCUGCACGUGACAAACCUGUCUGGGCAGAGACCCAUUACUGUCAUCUGAUCCUCCCCGUGUGUGUGGACCUCUCCCUACUCCUCUUUUGUGUCAUACUGUUUGCUAUGUGCCUUUAAUACCGGCCAUUGUUUUCAAAGGAUGGCUCUGGGAAAAGUGGAACCCGUUCCUUUCCCAGCAACGUUCCUCUGCAGAUGCUAGUUGGAUGAAUGCGUCUGCGGGUUUUCAUUGAAGAGGUUUUGCUGCCGCCACUCUUCUGUCUCUUCUCUUGUUGCCACUGAAUAUUUCUGUCCCCUUUUUUUGCCUCUAGAUUCCUCUCUCCUUUGUGCUUUGGAGUAGCCACGUGUUCCCCUUCCUGAAAGGUGGGACUGAGAUCAUUGGUCAGAUGCAGACUUAAGUUUGCGUAAGCCUGGGCCAGUCUUUGUGGCCCAGGCCUGGGGAGUGACGUGACCAGGUUGUGUCUGAAUGGGACUGACUGCACAAGCUUCCCCUGUGGUUACUGUUUUCACUAAGACAAUGGCAGGUAGUCUCUUUGGAAGCCAAAAGACAGGGCCCUUGUACAGUAUUACAAAAGUUCUUGUAUAUUAGUAUUAGUUCUAACAGUGUAAAGUGAAGGGAGGAGCAACUGUAUAUCCACAUCUGACCGAAGCGUUAGCCUGAGAAAGGCACAUUGCAGUGAGGGGGAGUACCUGGAAAAGUGGGGACUCCAGCUGGGGUUACUCAUCAGAGUCCAGCUGCUAGAGAUGGCGUUCCAUAAGAGCUGUGUCCAUUGCUCCCUUUGGAGUCGCGGUUUUAAAAUCUUUCCUGAAUCAGUGUCUGUGUCCAGGAGUCCCUGGCCAGCUGCCAGCCAGACUCAACUGAAUGGAUUUCCUGGGUGUGAUGGUCAAAACAUUCUAAAUAAUCAAUUUUUUGCAAAGCUGUUUUCUCUCUCCUCGCCCCCGUCCCUCAACUCCUUUGCAUAGGUCACCCCGUCCUUCCUGGACAUUGGAAAAUUCAUACACAAUAGCUGAGCCUUACGUGUCUAGUUCAGUACUAGACAAAUAAAGAUUGUAGCAUGUCUCUUCAUGCCAGGGCUGAAGACUGGCAGACCACAAACCUCCUUACAGUAUUUACUGUGGGUAAUUUAUUUAACUAGUGAAUGUAGAAUUAAAAUAAUUUAAAAGCUAA